UGGCAGGUAGGCACUGAUUGAAAAAACAACUUUGUAGUCUAUUUAUUGAGCAUAAGCUCCCCCUUCCCACGCUGCUCCUCGAUGACACUUCUCCGGGCUGCGUGGGACAGUUAUCUUACCAAUGGAAGCGGGCGAGUCCCGCAAAGCCGAGCCUCGCGGAGCCCAGCCUUCGGGGGCGGGGGAAGCAAGAAGACGCAGAUAAUGAAGAUAUUCAGAUGUUGUAUUAAAUACCCCCUACAGCAGAAAGUCUUCAUCCUGUUUUUAACCCUGUGGCUGUUCUCCUUGUUGAAGCUUCUAAAUGUAGGAAGACUCCUCUUCCCUCAGAGAGGCAUUUACUUGGUGGAGCACUUCCUCAGCACCUCCCCUUUUGUAAGGAACAGAUACACCCAUGUUAACAAUGAAGUCCGGUAUAAAGUUAACUGUUCGGGUGUCUACGAACAGGAGCCUCUGGAAAUUGGCAAGACUCUGGAAAUUAGAAGAAGAGACAUCAUCGACUUGGAUGAUGAUGACGUUGUGGCAAUGACCAGCAAUUGUGACGUUUACCAGAUCCUAAGAAGGUACCAUCAAAAGCUCGUUUCAAGGGAAGAGAGAAGCUUCCCAAUAGCCUAUUCUUUGGUGGUUCACAAAGAUGCAAUUAUGGUUGAAAGGCUAAUCCAUGCUAUAUACAACCAGCACAAUAUUUACUGCAUCCAUUAUGACCGUAAGUCACCCGACACCUUCAAAGUCGCCAUGAACAAUUUAGCUAAGUGCUUCUCCAAUAUUUUCAUUGCUUCCAAAUUAGAGACUGUGCAUUAUGCCCACAUUUCCAGACUCCAAGCUGAUUUAAAUUGCUUGUCAGACCUUCUCAAGUCUUCAGUUCAAUGGAAAUAUGUUAUCAACCUGUGUGGGCAAGACUUUCCUUUGAAGUCAAACUUUGAAUUAGUGUCAGAGUUGAAGAAACUCAAUGGAGCAAAUAUGUUAGAGACAGUGAAACCCCCUAACAGUAAAACGGAAAGAUUCACUUAUCACCAUGAGCUCAGACAGCUGCCUUAUGAAUAUGUGAAGCUACCAGUAAGGACAAACAUCUCCAAAGAGGCACCCCCUCAUAACAUUGAGAUAUUUGUUGGCAGUGCUUACUUUGUUUUAAGUCGAGCAUUUGUUAAAUAUGUUUUCAACAACUCCCUCGUUAAAGACUUCUUUGCCUGGUCUGAAGACACCUACUCGCCUGAUGAGCAUUUUUGGGCUACCUUAAUUCGGGUGCCAGGAAUCCCUGGGGAGAUUUCUCGGUCAGCCGAGGAUGUGUCUGACCUACAGAGCAAGACCCGCCUUGUCAAAUGGAAUUAUCACGAAGGCCUUUUCUAUCCCAGUUGUACUGGCUCUCACCGCCGAAGUGUGUGUAUCUAUGGAGCAGCAGAAUUGAGGUGGCUUAUCAAAGAUGGACAUUGGUUUGCUAAUAAAUUUGAUUCUAAGGUAGACCCUGUCUUGAUUAAAUGCUUGGCAGAAAAGCUUGAAGAACAACAGAGAGAGUGGAUCAAUUUGUCUUCAGAAAAGUUAUUUAUGGAUUAAAAAUCCCACAAUCUCGUCAUGAUAAAAUCAUGAUGGAAAUAAAGCAUCUGAUAAAUGGAGUUAAUAUGGAGUUGUAUACUACCCCAAAUCCAGUACCAUAUGAGCUUAACUUUCUCAUUGUUUGAAAGGGAUCUAAAAUUCCAUGCACAAGGGAAAGUGACUUAGCCUUUGGUGACAACUAGCCUGCAGUUGGUUGAGUACUUUUGUUUGUUUCUUUAAAAAAACAAAGUUUUUUUUAUUGAUUGCAGAGAGGAAGGGAAAGGGAGAGAA